GGGCUCCCUGAGCGGCGGGUCCCCGCCGGGAGAGCGCGUGCCCUGCUUUGCAUCUGAAAAGUGAGUUCAAAGGGGCUCGGAGAGUGAGUGUGAACUGAAAUACAAUGGCCUCGUCCUCGGGAAACGACGACGACCUCACCAUCCCUAGAGCUGCUAUUAACAAGAUGAUCAAAGAGACUCUCCCCAACGUCCGGGUGGCUAAUGAUGCCCGGGAGCUGGUGGUGAACUGCUGCACUGAAUUCAUCCACCUCAUCUCCUCGGAGGCCAAUGAGAUCUGUAACAAGUCUGAGAAGAAAACCAUUUCCCCAGAGCACGUCAUACAAGCACUAGAAAGUUUGGGUUUUGGCUCCUAUAUCAGUGAGGUAAAAGAAGUCUUACAAGAGUGCAAAACAGUAGCACUAAAAAGAAGAAAGGCCAGUUUUCAU